CUCUCUUUACCGGUCGGAAUCAUGCGUGUGCUUACCGAUGCAACUUGCAUUAGAGUGCUUUGUGGCCAGAAAUUACUCAUAGGCAUAGGAAACCAGUUGCUGCUCGUGUACCGCUCAUCAAACGGAUCGACGCUACGAAGGAUCGCUCCAUUGCCAAGGCUAGUGGAUAAAAUUCAUGGAAUAGAGGCAUGCGUUAUGAAGGAAGAACAAUGGCUCGUGAUAGUUCACGCUGGUCGUGCAACGUACAGUAUCAUUUUAGAUUGCCAAUCCCCUACGUUCUCUGAAUGUGCUCUGCUCGUUAUUCCGGAAGAAAUAGACCUCCAUCCGGUACCUUUCAUUCGACGACGGUUAAACGACUGGAUUAGCAGGAUCUCACUGCUCUCUUCUACCGAGCUGUGCAUUGUUACCGCGCAUGGAGUAGCAGCGUUAUUGAAACGCGGCGAUAGCGAUCGAUUUUUGCAAUGGGAUGUUGUAGAUAAAAGUCCGUGCGAGGACGGUUCUACGCUCUACUGUUCCACGAUUACUGGCCAACAGUGGGAGAACGUUAUAAUACUUUCUGGCACUGCCUUAGGUCUUUUGCUGAUCUGGUCCGUUGAUGGUCCAAACCGGGGCAAAGUGUUAACGAGUGUCUCUGCCCAUAACGGGGUCAUUUUCUCGAUAUCGUGCAAUUUUGAUAUAGGCUUGCUCACAACUACCUCGGAUGAUCGAUCGGUUAAAUUUUGGAACGUUAAACUGUCAGGUAAUAAGGAUAGCUGCUCGCGGGCGAUAGAACUGCGUGAGGAAAGAUAUUGUUUCGCCCACACAGCUAGGGUGUUUCAAUGUCGUAUCAUAAAUGGAGAACACCAAACUCUGGUUGCAUCGAUCGGGGAGGAUUCACACCUUUGCCUUUGGACUGUUGAUGGAGAUCUGGUGCUGAAGAAACGCUUAGAUGAAGGACCCACAUUAUGGAGUAUGGAUUAUGAUCCCCCAAGUGCCACGAUUUUUGUAACAGCGAGCAAUGGAAACUUACAUAAGUACUGCAUACGUCAUGCCAUCGACGACGGGGACGAUCUUUGUAAACACAAAAUGCCUUAA